UCUCUCUCCAAGUAUCUCUGAAAAACUCUGAUCAGUUAUAAAUAAACAAGAAACAGAAAAUAUAUAAUACUUGUUGCUCUCUCUCUCUUCCGCACACAGAGGAAGAAGAAACCAAGAAACAGAGUAACGCUAACUCACAAACACUCUCUCUGGAAGACUAGAACUUUGUUGUCUCUGUUGCUUUUUUAUCUCAGCAAUGUAGCUCCCAGACAAAAAUCUGUUUCGAAAUGGCCAAAUGUCACCGAAAUAACAUCGGAUCCUUAAUCCUUGAUCACUCCUCCGCCACCAAUGCGUCCGCUGGCGGCCAUUUCAGAUUUUCCACUGCCUUCUCCCCUGCUGCAUUCCGCCGUAAAAUUUUUGACGCUGUUAGCUGUGGUGGCAGCUCCCGCUAUCGCCACCAUGAUGACGACUUUUCCUCCACCACGACAACAACAACCACCACCACCACCACUACCAUUGCAAGUAUCAUGGCGAUGUCAGGUAACAAUAAUGCCAGUGUGAAAAAGACAGGGAGAGCGAGAAAUGGAAAGUCGGAGAAGUUAUCGGAUCUGUUGAGUAUUGCAGAAGUGGAGACUGAAAUCGAGACGAAGAAGAAAGUCGAGGCAUUGGAAGAGCUGAAACGAGUAGUGAAGGAAUUGCAGGUUGAGAGUGAAACGAAGAGAAAAGAAGCAGCUUGCCGUGUAAGGUUGCUUUCUAAGGAAGACUCGGGAAUGAGAGUCACUCUCGCUAUGUUAGGAGCCAUUCCUCCUCUAGUUGGAAUGCUUGAUGUGGAAGAUGUGGAGUCUCAGAUCGCUUCUCUCUAUGCCUUGCUCAAUCUUGGGAUAGGAAAUGAUGUGAACAAAGCUGCAAUUGUUAAAGCAGGGGCCGUUCACAAAAUGCUGAAGAUCAUAGAAUCUCCAAGUCCUCCUAACCCAUCUCUAUCUGAAGCAAUAGUGGCAAAUUUUCUAGGCUUGAGUGCAUUGGACCCAAAUAAGCCCAUUAUAGGUUCUUCAGGUGCAAUCCCUUUCUUGGUAAAUGCUCUUAAGGAUUUUGGCCAUAAAAGUAGCCACCAAGCGAAACAAGAUGCUCUUAGAGCUCUGUACAACCUUUCAAUAUCCUCAUCCAAUGUUUCAUUUAUUAUAGAAACAAAUUUGAUCUCUUUUCUGAUGAAUAUGCUGGGAGACAUGGAAGUAAGUGAAAGAAUUCUUUCGAUUUUGAGCAAUGCAGCUUCCACUCCUGAUGGUAGAAGGGCCAUUAGUAUUGUACCAGAUGCUUUCCCAAUUUUGAUAGAUGUUUUGAAUUGGACUGACUCGCCAGGAUGCCAAGAGAAAGCAUCUUAUAUAUUGAUGGUGAUGGCGCACAAAGCCUACGGGGAUCGACAGGCCAUGAUUGAGGCAGGAAUUGUAUCAUCAUUGCUCGAGUUAACACUUUUGGGUAGCACAUUAGCACAGAAAAGGGCUUCGAGAAUCCUAGAAAUUCUAAGAGUGGACAAGGGGAAGCAAGUUUCAGAGAAUUAUGGUGGGAAUUUGGGUUCAGCAGUGUCUGCUCCUAUUUGUGGGUCUUCAUCAUCUUCCACAAACCCAAAUGGGGCUUCGAAAGAGUGUUUGGAGGAGACUGAAGAUAUGAUGAGCGAGGAAAAGAAAGCGGUGAAACAAUUAGUCCAACAGAGUUUGCAGAAUAAUAUGAGGAGAAUUGUCAAGAGGGCCAAUUUGCCUCAAGAUUUUGUACCAUCGGAGCAUUUUAAGUCCCUCACAUCAAGUUCAACCUCCAAGAGUUUACCGUUCUGAGGAGAUUGGAUGGAUCUAGAUUGGUGUGGAGAUUGAAGAGGAGCAUCUUGAAGUUAGUCUUUUUAUUAUUGUUCUAGUUGGUCUCGAUCUUUGUAGUGGCAUUGUUAGCACAUGAAAUAGUCGUCUUGUGUUAGAUUUUGUAUAAUUUCAGAAUCUUAUGGUAAAUAUUUUCAGUUUUUGACU